CCGAGAGCGUCGUUUACUUUUUCCAAAAUAAUUAAUUAUGUACUUUGCUAGGUACUUGCCGAAGUCGGGUUUUCCGCAUAUCGUACCGCACUACACGCAAGGAGGAAUGUCCCGCAAUACUGGACCUGGUUUGUACGAGUUCCUCAUGGAAGCAGAGCUACAACAGUAUUAUCCUGGAAUUCGAGGGGACUUGAAAGUGCAAACGACCGCUCAGUUAAAAUAUGUAACGGAAGAAGACUUGAAUGCCAUUGGAAUGAGUAAGCCUGAGAUGCGUCGUUUAAAGAAAUACUUUCAGAAGCAUUUCCCUCAAAAUUACCUCUCCAAAUUCAAAAAGAUGCUCUUGCCGAAACGCGAGGAACAAACUUCGGGUGCUUUGACCAUGUUACCGGAAGAGAGGCAAGAUAGGCCGCCGAUUCGUGUUCCUAAUAAGCACAUGAUACCAGCUGAUGCGAUCAUUGUAAAUAAGGAAUUGGGAACUGGAGAAUUCGGAGUGGUGCAACAAGGUGUUUGGACAAACGAUGGGGAAAGAAUACAAGUGGCGAUCAAAUGUUUAUCGCGAGAAAGAAUGCAAAAUAAUCCUAUUGAAUUUUUAAAGGAAGCUGCCAUAAUGUACGCCAUCGAUCACGAACAUAUUGUAAGAUUAUAUGGCGUGGUCUUGGAUACAAAUUCCUUGAUGCUCGUCACAGAAUUGGCACCUCUAAGAUCGUUGCUCGAGUGCUUGAAAGAACCAAGUUUACGUCCCAGUUUUCCAGUUCCCUCUCUUUGUGAUUUUGCAGUACAGAUCGCGGAUGGGAUGCAGUACUUAGAAGCAAAGAGAUUAAUACAUCGCGAUCUGGCUGCUAGAAAUAUCUUGGUUUUCUCCAAGAAUAAAGUGAAGAUAUCUGAUUUCGGAUUGUCUCGUGCUUUGGGAGUCGGCAAAGAUUAUUAUCAAACGAAUUUUAAUGUAAAUUUGAAAUUACCGAUAGCUUGGUGUGCUCCAGAAUCUAUAUCUUAUUUAAAGUUUACUUCGGCAAGCGAUGUUUGGGCGUACGGAGUGACUCUAUGGGAAAUGUUUAGCUACGGUUUCCAACCGUGGCCAGCGUUAACGGGUCAACAGAUCUUGGAAGCGAUAGACGAGCCCAAUUUUCAAAGACUGGAGCAGCCAGAGUGUUGUCCGAAGGAGUAUUUCUCACUGAUGCAACAGUGUUGGCAACAUGAACCGUCAAAGCGGCCCAAGUUUUCCGAAUUAAUUAAUCUGUUACCCGACUUGAAGCCGGAACAAGUUCAAGCGGUUCAAGACAGCGCGGAAACGGGCCAGCUGGUUUACAGGCAGGGGGACGUUAUAACUGUGUUGGAUAAGGGCAGUAGUAAUACAUUAUGGAAAGGCGUUCUAAACAAUGGGAAAACUGGUUUCUUCAAUCCUGCUCAUACGAUAGCCUACCUCGGUUCUAAUUUACCGAGUAACAAGCCUGGAGAAUUUACACGUGGGGAUGGGAAAAAUGCAUUUUCUUCCCAGCGGAGAAAAAUUCGAACAGAUAUGAUAUCUUCCCCGCAAGGAGAUUUAAAGCACACUGGUCAUGUUGGACUGGACGGAGCUUACUUUGGCGAUAUUGGCUUCCUUGGUGGUAAAAAUCCACAUUUACCCCGGCAAGUGGUAUCUCCGUACAAACCUCAGGAGGAUAUCACAGAUAAUUCUAGUCAAAUUCUGAAUCAAGACGCCAGAAAUACAGAGGCGAACAGAGAAUCGUUAAGGGACAACAGGAAUGUGCAGCAAGAUGCACAAAAUAAGCACGAAAGCUUAUGGUCCGAUGCGAGUUCCGAUAUGUGUCAUUUGGGGACAAUAGCCAAUUCUAGUAAGCAGUCGGUUUCAACAAACAUGAUGAAUAGUACAGAUGCUUUGGGAGCAGAUCACGAGUACCACGAGAUCAGUGACGAAGAGAAUCAAGACAGUCCACUACGAUUCGAUAAAACAUUAAAUUUCGAUUUUGGUCCAAGUUUAUUGGCAGAAAUGGAUCAAAUGUUCAGAUCGUUAGGAUCUUCUCCUCCUCCGCCACCACCCGUUCAUUCCCUGUCUACCGAGCAUGAAUCGAGCAAUGCGAGGAACGAACUGAGAGAGAUUCAAGCGAAGCAGUGCAACAAGAAAAAACAAGCCACCGUGAAGCCUAUCUCAGCCGCCGAUCAGAAAACUCUCUACUCGGCCAUUGCUAUGGCACAGGAAUUGACAGCACGUUCCAUGACAGAUCUUGAACAUCCGCCGGAGUCUCCCCGAACACCCGCCAGUCCUUCAAGACGCAGAAAGUUCUCUUUUAAGUUGCCACAUCAACACAGUCCCAAACCAGACAGACGACACUUUUCAGAAGAAGCAGCCAGUAUACCUGACAUACAGUGGUUGUGCUCGAGUUUGCAAUCGUUGUCGUCCACUGUCUCCAGCAUAGAAUCGCUUGGCGCACCAUCCACCCUAAAGCUGCCUUUGUGGGACAAAGCGUCCGCUGAAUUUUGUUUCGCUAAAUCUCGCGAGCUUCUGACGAAACCCAGUGCUUGGACGUCGUACAUGGAUAUAGAGUUUGACGCGCAGAUCCUCGACAAUGCUGCUUUGAAGCAGAAUCUGGUGAAAUCGACGGAAUUUCUGGAGAACGGUAACAAGAGAAGCAACUUCAAUAGCGAGAAUCUCACAGACGUGGACGCUGGGAAGCUGAACGUUUUCUCACAGAACGGAAAGGUAGCGUCGGUGGAGAACUCGAACUUUGACUUUGCUCGCGAUUCGAAGAGGGUGUCGACCAGCUACGUGGAACGAUACUUUGAGCAACCAAAGUACUUUGAAGACGACGCCGCUUUGAGUUGCACCAGCGAGAAAGUAUCGUAUUUCGCCGAGGAGAAGUACGACAAGAUUAAUAAUCUCGAGCAGCCGGGCAGAUCUGCUGGCUGCUACUCGAACAUCCAAGAGCAGAACGCUGUGCCGUCUAACAAGAACAAAUUUGCUAGCUGCGAGCAGCCGGCGAAGGAGAACGCAGCCAACUUUGACACGAAAUACGACGAGACGAUCGGUUUCGAUCUGGCGAAAGAAACGCCUUCGAACUUUGUCGAUUUCCCUCGCGCGAAACCUAUGAAAUUCGAGUCGGCCAAGAUGGCCAAUCUUGACAUUGGCACACGACCGAAGAUUUCGAGUUCGUUCAGCGACUCGUCGAAAAUUAAUAUACCGGAGUUCUCGAAGAAGAUGGAGAUACCGAAGGCGAGAGGUGGCAAAGUGCCUUUUGUCUCUAGGAGCACGAAUCAAGAGGCCAAGAGCGUCAUCUACGGUUCGACGGACAGCAUAAAGACCAACUUGAAAACCGGAGGAGGAGGGGGAGGGGGCUCGGACAGUCCUAGAGGAAAUAUGGAGGCUGUGCGAAUCAACAUUCAGAGUUUCCGCAAGAUCGAGCAGAAUCAGAAUGGCCACGACGGAUUCCCGUUCGUUAUUUCCAACAAUCCGCUGUUUAUCGCGGAAUCCGAGAAAAAGGAGUCGCCUCUUUACAGCAGUUCGGAGAGUCUCAGAGUGAAUUUCCAGAGGCUCAGGCGAAAGAGCGACGCCGAAGCGAACAAUCAGGUGGAGUUGAGUAGCAAAUUGUUGGCCGAGAAGUACCAACGCGAGGUGUCUGGUCUGGAGAGUGUGAAGAAUUACCUGGACUCGAAGAAAGGUCAAGGACUGAACCUGGGUCUAGGUAAACUGACACAGAACAUGAUUCAACUGGGCAAGAACAUUGCUCAGAACACUAGGAACAUGGAGAACGCACCUUCCAAGUCGUUGGUCGGCAACAUUCGAAACUUGGAUCUGCCCGGGCAAACUCAGACGCCGCUCAGGAGUCUGAAUAUCCCGAUUCAGAAGCCCAAGCACCUGGACUUGAACAUUCCUCUGCAGUGCCAGUCCCAGGCGAACGCGAAACUGACGCAGAAGGCGAACCCUCCGCCGAGCCCCACUAUACACCAACAAAUUCUGGAGCCGCCCAAGUUGUACCAGAACGACAACUCGAGGAAAGAGGUGGCCAAGGCCGAUGUUCUUUUGGAGAAGAUGCCAACACCGGCCAACAUAUACAGGCAGAGAACAUCCUCGCUCUCCGAGAAUAGAAAGUUACCCCUGAAAAACGUGCGAAGAUCGUUUCAUCCGACAAACGAUUCCAGCGAAGACUCGGAUUCCAUAUCUCAUUCGGAAACGGACAUACGGAGCCGCUUACGCUACAAGCGACGGCAUAAGAAGCUCCCGCAUAAUCUGCGUUUAAAUUUCAAGAAUAAAGGGCACUUUUUGCACCCGGAAACAGCCAGAGGGUUUUCAUCGAUCGAACUGUGCGGAAAGUCACCUCCACCGUCGACCAGUUUCUUGAACUCGUUGUCGCCGCCUUUCUCCUCUGGAAAUAAUCUGCUGUCUUGGCCGGAAAGCGCUCCGAGUUCUAGCUUAACGUUUACCAGUAACUCCGAUCUAGACUCUGACACCAGUUCCGAGUAUCCAGAGUUUACCAACGACGCUACGUUGUCGGACGAGGCAAAGGAAGUGUACAACAGUCUGGUGGAAACGCCGAGCAUAGACACCGCUCCGGACACGAAUCCGUUGCGCAUGCUGCGUUCCGGCGUGCCCAUAGUCAGGCCGAGAGUUCGCGGGAACAAGCACGCCACUCUAGCCCACACUGGCUCCCACCAGGAAGACCUGUCCAGGGACACGUUCCACUUCGACGCGUACCACAGCGGCUCGAAGACGCUGCCCAAGAUCCGAGCGCCGCCUCUUCCGCACGCGCCGCCGCCGCUGCCGCAGACGCGUCACCUGGAGAGACACCAUUCCGCCUUGGAGAUCGAGAACAAUCAGAAUCAGAACAACGUGGACGAGAACCCGAUACCAUUGCCGCCCAGGGACAGGUCGAAAACCCUGCAGCCCAAGUCCAGUCUACCCAGGCACCAGCGGAAGCAUCCCCUGAUCAUUCCUGGCGGCGGCGUGACCAGAACCCUGGCGAAAAUGGCGGUUACCACGCCGCCCCUCGAAGAUCAGGUCGACGGGAGUCUGCAGAAUGCCGGCUCGUCGACGACGAACGCGUCCCUGCAGGAGGGAUACUCGUCCGAGACUUCAGCCAACAGUCCCGAGGAGUUCGAGCAACGCAUAGACUCGGAACUGGCCGCGUUGGACUCCCUUCCGACCGAUGAGAACCGACUCCACCGUUUCAGCGUCAUCUCCGAGGACUUGCUCGAAUUUUCCGACAACCUGAUAGACUGCGACGGCCUGGAAUACCGACAGAACGCUCAAGAAGGCGACGUGCAGUCGACCGGUUCGUCGAGCGAACGUCUUCACAGAAAGACCAGCGUCGAGUCGAAAAGUUCGAUGCAAAGUUCGACUUCCAAGUGCGCGCAGGAGAACGAGGCUGGCGAAACCAGCAGGAACUCGACUCCGACGGGGUCCAACCAGUCCGAGGAGUCGGCCGGUUCCAGCAAACUUCAAGCCAUCAGGAGCAACUUGAUCCAGAGGCCUUCCAACUAUACGAUGCACUUUGAUUACGGCGAGUACUCCGAGAGCAGUUCGCAGAAGAGUAAACAGCAGUCCGAAGUCGUCCAGCCGAAAGAGUCUUCCGCGGUCGAGUCAACCGAUAGCUUCCAUCCCACACCGAAACCGUACAGCAGGCUGUCCAGCGAAAAAUUGUCGGGCCGUACCAGCGACUUGUCGCGUCAGUCGGACCACGUCAGCUGCGAGGACCUCUUGGAGUUUGCCUGCGACGGGCCGAACGCGCGAAGGACGCGCGGUCCGCGUAACGGGGAACAGUCGGACGAGGUCAGGAUCAUGAUGAAAGUGUUGCACGAACAGUCGACACCGGAGUCUUGCAUCGCGGCUCUGAACGUCACCGAUUGGGACGUGCUGGCGGCGAUCAAGCUGGAGCGGCUCCAGGGUCUGCUGAAAAAGGAGAACAACUUUGUCGGACUGGAGGAUUGCAAAGUGAUGCUGAACCAAUGCGGCGGCGACGUUGUCAAAGCGGCCGCGUUGUUGCGGAACACGGACGACACGGCCGCGGUUUAACCGGUGUAUCGAUACAAACGACUGACACGGUUGGACACGGAACGCGUGUCGGUUCGCAGAGGAUAUGCUGACUCGACUCGUUCCGUGGGGGGUAAAUAGUAUUUUUACACAAUUACCUUGUCCUUGUUUCUUCUACUGUUUCUCUCUCCUCCUCCUCCCCCUCCUUCUCCUUCUCCUGUUCCGUCUCUGUCCUCGUACUAUUUUCGUUUGUCCCCCGUGUGUAGAAAGCUAGAUCAAUUGAAGCGAUGUUUAUUUAUUAUUUUAGGAUUACUAGAACGAGAAUAGUAUUUGGGACGUAUUCUUUCUACUGCCCAACAAUGAGAUAGCCACACUUUGAUUUAGCGCGUCGAUUGAGCUUCUCUUACAACGAGAUACGUGUGGCGGGUUGGUUGGACGGGAACGGAACACGCGUUGUCGUCCAAAGAGAAUGUUCGCGAGCAAAAUUAAGAAGAUGUCGCACAGUGUUCUCGGCGAGUUCACUUGGCAAUCCAACCGAGUAAUAUUAGAGGAGACGAUUCGGUGUUUCGAUUCUAGUGGACCAAUCUGCGUACAGUGUGUAAUAGCUUUGUUCUUUUUCGAUUUCAUUGAAUUGGUAGCGAAGGAAAUUGAAUUACGUUCUUCUUUUGCGUGUAUGCGAACUUGAUGUGAUAAUUUGCACAAUAAAUCUAUUCGCUAAUCGGGUUUCGUAAUCGAACGAUCGUGGGAUAGAAGCUAAGCCAAUAAAUAAAUGUACUCUGCAUCUCGAGUUAGAUGUGCGUUAAAAGGAAAAGUAUUACGAUGCCUACGACUAAGCAGCGAAUAAUCCUUGUAUCGCAUGAUACAGUGAUCAGAGAGACUCUCUAUAUUUUGCGUUUCGUUUACCGCCGCUCAUGAUUACUUUUAGGGAAUCAUGUAUUUUUUAAGGAGACAAUCAUUUUUCUAGUAAUCGUGGACGUCGACUAAUUCCUAAAUCGUAUGCGCGUUCGAUAUGCUCCGCCAUUCAGAAAGCUAAUAACAUUUUGCUGAUCGAAGCAAAUCUUAUUUCCAAAGAUAAUAUUCCUCACGGUAUUAUUAUUUGGUAUCGUACGCACUGUAGCUUAGUUUUAACCAAUAUAGCUUAUCGAUUACACGAAACACACAACAAACUGACACACGCACCCAGAAACACACACACACACAAACACACACACACACACAGAGAGACAGAGUUUUUGCAACUAGAGAUUCCUCUCUAUUAACCGUGAGUUAAUCCGAUAGAUAAGUGGUAGAUUUAGGCAUGUCGUGUGUAUGCGUAAUUAUUGCUGAAGUUUAGCACAAAUACAAGAGGGUCGGAUCAGCUUGUCGAGUCAUGUUUUGUUUCGGGGCUAAUAACUUUGGUAGUGUGGAAACGUUGAUAUUUUACCCGGUAAUAGGGUAUACACAGUAAGCACCAAAUAUUACGUAUGGAAUCUCUGUGUUCGAUAAGAUUGAUUUCUCUAUUUGCUCUCGGUAGCAGACCUAGCUAGAGAAACUGUGCAGGAAGCGUAAGAAGGAAGAAGAAAAUGCCAUUUCUGAUAAAGUAACAAAGAACGCGAUAGCUUUUCGAAAUAAUGCUCGUUGGUCGAGUUCGGAUGGAACUGGUGGGGUCUAGGUCUGUUCGGCACGGAGCUUCUAUGUUAUUGUCCGUUGUAAGUUGUAAGAGGUAUAACGACUGAAAAGAUUCGACCAAUACGUGUGAAAGAAAAUAAUGUACUGAUAUAUUAGUUGCAAUGAAAUUGAAUUACAACGACCUCGAUUGGGGAGGUUGAGAUCGUUAUUAAUUACCAUUCGUUUACCAUUCGUUCUAUCGUAAUCUUUCGGCAAGUGUCGCGAAUAGAAGGAACCCUUCAUUUUCUUUCGCAUCAUUCGUAAUGAUCGCACGAUAGAAUUCAUGCAAUCUAAAGGUAAAAAUUUAGCCAAUACUCGAGCCAAGUUUCGAAGGACACCUUUGGAUUGCUUGAGUUCCAAGACACUGGUCUGAGGAUAGGAAAUGUUCAACGAGUGUCUACGAACAUAUCUAGAAUCGAAUGGACUCUGACUGGGGUAAAGCUGUUAGACUUGAUUAAGAAAUAUUUUUCCAUGUACCCCUUUUUUACCAGAACCACUUUCUACGACGUACUUCCUUUAAAUAAUCACCCUAGUCAAAGUGUAUUCGACAAGUAAAUUUGCUCACUGGAACGUUUACGAACGUUUCAAGAAGGAAAAGAACGAAGCGAGGAAAAAACAAUGUAACGUUCAUUGAAUAAGAUCCGCGAGAUCCUUGCCGUACUUUCGCAUUCUUCAACGAAGCCAAAUAAGAGCUUACGAAAAACACCCAAGUGACGUUACUUGGUCCUUUUUUGUAAUGACAUUGAACAAUAAGGUUUUCGGUUCCUGAAUAAAAAUAUGCAUAUUACGUAUUUUCUUAUGCUGAAUCCGUUGUCUUUCUUGUCGCGUAUUAGCCUCGCGAUCAAUGUUUCUCGGUCAGCGCGAAUCUUUCGUUUCAUCCAUAUUCCUGUUGCGUUUCCAUUCUAUUCCUAUUGUAUUCCCAUCGCAUUCUCAUCAUAUUCUUCGAUGAAAAGUUCCGUUUGCUCUCGCGACCAGCUAGAUCUGUUGGCUAAUCGUAAAGCCAAGUGUCGGUGGAAUAGCGUUGGACCUAGUAAUCGAAUCCUUUGACCAUUCUAGAGUCUCUCGAGUAGACUCUAGUGGUUUUACGACAGUUGGAAGAAACCAUCCAAUCAGUUGGAGUUGAUACGCGACAAGAAAGAAAUUUAGAAACAUACUAGAGUGUUCAGUAUAAAGAGAUCAACUAUUUUUGCGCAGGAACCAUUAAGAAACUUACCUAGAUCAUCUUGUUGUAAGCGAGUCUGCGUAAGAGUUUGCACCUCGAUGAGUUUACGAUAAAGUACUUGGUUGAUUUUUCAAGAAACAUGGGGGAAUCGAAGAAAUUCUUACGAGCCAUCCCCUAACGAAGCUGAACUGAUUUCAGAAAUCUAAAAUGCAUAUGAAAUAUGAAAUAUUAAAUAUUAAAUAUUAAAUAUUAAAUAUUAAAUAUUAAAUAUCAAAUAUUGAAUAUUAAAUAUUAAAUAUUAAAUAUCAAAUACAAAGUAAUCGAAAAUUAAAGCUCGGCGAUCCUUUGGCAGGUGAAACGAUGCUGCUCUCACGGAGUAGGUGUAAGUUCAUCCUGUAACCCGUUUCUUUUUUUAUAGGCGAUCUUACUAUUGAUAAGACAACGCGUUUAUAUGUCUCUACAUGAUUAUCAUGCGCGGAAAACACGAGGAUGUUUUAUAUCGACUGUAUUUACGAUAAUAUAUACACCAUUCA